AUGGCUCUCGUUAUGGAACCUAUUAGCAAGUGGACGCCCAAACAAGUAGUGGAUUGGAUGAAAGGCCUUGAUGAUUGCCUCCAACAAUACAUCAAAAAUUUUGAAAGAGAAAAGAUCAAUGGUGAACAGCUGCUACACAUCACUCAUCAAGAGCUUGAGGAACUGGGAGUCACUCGCAUUGGCCACCAAGAACUGAUACUGGAAGCAGUUGAUCUGCUAUGUGCGUUGAAUUAUGGUUUGGAGACUGAAAACCUGAGAACUUUAUCUCACAAGCUGAAUGCCUCAGCCAAAAAUCUUCAGAACUUUAUAACGGGUAGAAGGAGGAGUGGCCAUUAUGAUGGCAGGGCCUCCAGACGACUGCCAAAUGAUUUUCUUACCUCCGUAGUUGACCUGAUUGGUGCUGCCAAGAACUUACUAGCCUGGCUGGACAGGUCUCCAUUUGUCAGCGUGACGGAAUACUCACUGCUGAAAAACAACAUUGUUCAACUGUGCCUGGAACUAACAACUAUUGUGCAACAGGAUUGUACAGUGUAUGAAACAGAAAAUAAAAUUCUUCAUGUGUGUAAAACCUUGUCUGGGAUUUGUGACCACAUAAUUUCGCUCUCAUCUGAUUCUCUGGUGUCACAGUCAGCACAUCUUGAGGUAGUUCAUCUCACCAGCAUUAUGCCCAGUGAGGGCUUGGGAAUGUAUAUCAAAUCAACUUACGAUGGACUACAUGUAAUCACAGGAACAACUGAAAAUUCUCCUGCUGACCAGUGUAAGAAAAUCCACGCUGGUGAUGAGGUGAUCCAGGUCAAUCAUCAAACUGUG